GACCUGGAUACGCUCCACAUGUCCUGUUUAAACAAGUCAGCUUUCUCUUAACUCACACGGGAGGGGAAGAAUGUGAAGGUCAGGAAAGCUGUUGACUGCCACUCGUGUUAAAACCUUUUUUUGCUGCCAGUUUCUUCCCUGAAGUCAAGCUGAUUUUGGUCUCUGCUCAGUGUCAUCUUACAUCCUGUGAUCAGACUGCUGUAAACUGGGAGGAGGCAACACUGAAUGGACAAAACAUGGGGUCAGAUGAGACUUACAACUUUGUCUUUAAGGUGGUUCUAAUAGGAGAGUCUGGUGUAGGAAAGAGCAAUUUGUUGUCCCGCUUCACCAAAAAUGAAUUUAACCACGACAGCCGCACAACCAUCGGGGUGGAGUUCAGCACACGGACGGUGCAGCUCAACAACUUCACCAUCAAAGCUCAGAUCUGGGACACUGCUGGGCUGGAGCGAUACCGGGCCAUCACAUCUGCGUGAGUAUAUACUACUAA